UAUUUUUUGGCCUUCCACCCCUGAAUUUUAUUUGGCCAGUGCAGAAGAGGAACAUUUAAAUGAAUGCUUGGGGCUCUUCUCUAUCAGUAGUUCUUUAUAAAGCAAUGCUCUGUUUAACGAGGAUAUUGCAGAGAUCAAAACCUACCCACCAUGAUUUCUUUUCUUCUGUGGCUUCCAAAUCUUCUCCAGAAAUCGAACGAAUCACCCGAAUUAUCAACGACCAUCCAUUUCCCGAUCAACCCCUUCACCCCACUCUCCUCCACCACGUCCCACCGUCUCUCCUCUCCCCACCGUUCGUGGAAAACGUUCUCGGCCGCCUGUUUGCAGCUCACUCCAACGGCCUUAAAGCCCUCGAAUUCUUCAAAUUUUCACUGUCACACCCCCACUGCACUCCAAGCUCCGAUGCUUUUGAAAAAACUCUUCACAUCCUUACACGCAUGCGCUACUUCGAUAAAGCUUGGGAUUUCAUGAUCACCACGCAACAAACACAUCCUUCUCUGCUCACUCUCAAGUCAAUGAGCAUCAUUUUAUCAAAAAUCGCCAAGUUUCAGUCUUUCGAAGACACCCUUCACGCGUUUGAAAGAAUGGAGACUGAAAUUUUUGCGGGGAAGAAGUUUGGUACCGAAGAGUUCAACGUUUUGCUUCGAGCAUUUUGUACUGAGAGGGACAUGAAGGAAGCACGCGCAGUGUUUCAAAAGCUGCACGGUCGUUUCAAUCCCAACAUCAAGACGAUGAAUAUUCUGCUUCUGGGAUUUAAAGAGUGCGGUGAUAUUACAGCAAUGGAGUUGUUUUAUCACGAAACGGUUCUAAGAGGCUUCAAGCCUAAUGCGACGACGUAUAAUAUCAGAAUCGAUGGUUAUUGUAAAAAGGGUUAUUUCGGUGAUGGGCUGAGGCUUUUUGAAGAGAUGGAACGAGUUCAUUGCGUGCCUGGUCUAGAAACAAUCACUACUUUGAUUCACGGAGCUGGGCUUGUUCGAAAUGUAAUCAAAGCUAGGCAACUGUUCGAUGAAAUGCCUCAAAGAAGUUUAAAGCCUGAUAUUGGAGUUUAUAAUGCUUUGAUAAGUUCACUCAUUCGAGCGCGAGAUGUCAACUCUGCUACGGAUUUGAUGGAUGAGAUGGAAGAGAAGCAAAUUGGGCAUGACAAUGUGACUUAUCAUACUAUGUUUUUAGGAACAAUGAAAUCAAGCGGCAUUGAAGGUGUUUGCAAGCUUUAUAACAAGAUGAUUGAGAGGAACUUUGUUCCGAAAACGCGAACAGUUGUGAUGUUGAUGAAGUUCUUCUGCGAAAACCGCAGGCUAGAUUUGGGUUUGGACCUGUGGAGAUACUUGGUUGAGAAAGGGUUCUGCCCUCAUGGUCAUGCAUUGGAGCUCUUGGUAACAGGAUUGUGUGCCAGAGGAAGAUUACAAGAAGCUUUUGAUUGCUCUAAACAAGUAUUGGUGAGAGGAAGGCAAAUGAGUGAAGCAGUGUAUAAUAUGUUGCGUAGAUUUUUACUGCAAUCUAAUGAAAUGGCCAAGUUGGAGGAGCUCAACACCAUGAUCAAGAAAUUGCAAACCAUUUUGCCCCCAGCAAGAGUCUCCAUAGAUACAGAUUACUUAAUGGACAUGGGCGUGUUAGAAACGAUAAAAGUAUCUAUCACACUCUGAAUUAUAUUAAAUCAAGGAGCAAGCAAGAGCAAUCCAUUUUUUCAGAUAACCAUGGUGUCAUCAUCAACAAUGCCCACAACAGAUAGAGGUUUGAAAUUCAAUACAUUUAUUUUGGCGGUCUAAAUGGAAAACUUUCAUUUCGUAUAUUCUUUGCUCAUUCAGAUUGGGAUUGUCAUGACAUUAUUUAAAUUACAAUCUUGUUGGAUCUCUAGCGAAUUAUGGAAAAGUCAAGGUAAUGUAGAUAAAACUUUGUUUUAAAUUAGCUUAUAUGAUAUGUAUGUGAAGGAGAUAUGUUUUAGUGGAGGAAAAAAAAAAAAAUUUUUUUGUUAACAACGUCGGGAACUGAAUCAGAACUAAAAUCGACUGAGCAGAUUUCGAACAAAAAUAUGUACUCACAAGUUAUAAAUAAGAUGUCCAGAUCCACUCACCCCUAAUUACAAAUAUAAUGUUCUACCAUAUGUUACACCGGAGCACCAUCCAACAAAUUUUUUUCAUUUUUCUAGAAAUGCAUAUUUAAGACAGAAAUCUAGCUGCCAAAUUCUGCAUUAAUUAGGUUAGAUUUCCUUUCCUUGUAUUAUAAAGUUAGAUUUCCUUUCCAUGUAUAAUAAAUAGUCUGGCUGCCAGAUUUUGCAUUACUUAGAUUAGAUUUCCUUCCUUUCAUUAUAAAUAAUGGCCUAAGUAUUACUUCUCACAGUCUCAAGGCCCGAAGUGCUCAUGUUAGUGAGUUCUUCCUUCUUCAAUUCUUUUCUUUUUAGCUAGAAGUCGCCUUUGAAGGUCUGGAUGGAUAGAGCUAUAGACUUGAUAUCAUAUUUUCUAUCGAAUUCCAAUUUCAUAUUCGUUGGGAGACACAAAUGUAGUCUUUUAAAAGCCAAAAAUCCAUCAGUAUCAAGAAUUGUUCCCAUGAAUAUGAUAACAGGCUCAAUUAAAAUUUUUAGUCUAACCUUUAUCGGUUCAACAAUUUACCAGAUUUUUUCACCAAGCAACCGGAGCCAUUGCUUGGUAUGAUAUCUCUUUGUUGAUUUAUUCAUGUGUAAUUUUUAAUCUUAUAAUACGAUUCUGUGUAUAAUAUAUGCCACUUAUUCUGACGAUGGAACAGAGCAAAACCAAGGAGCCGUGGAAGAGCAGUAGAGGCCAGAUGAAGAAAAAGGAAGUAGUAAAUUGUUUGCCGAUGGAAUCAUCUGGCAAAAUGGCGCGCAGAUUUUGGUUCAGGCUGUUGCUCAGUGGGAUUGGUAGGGCUUAAGUAGGGCAGUAAGUUCCUUCCCGGUUGUGGGAAAUUGGCCCCCACGGGGGGUAGAUUUGAAUCAGAGUAGUUUAGACUCAAAAGCUAGUUCGACUCAAUUUGAAUUUGUUUAGCUUGAAUUUGAGCUUAGUGCAAGCCAGGAGGUUCGGCUUGUAUUUUUAAACAGAGUCAAACUUGAUUUAGAAAGACCCUGACUUGGUUUGGCUUGCGAACCAGAUAAAUGAUUCAAUUCGAUUCAAAUUUA